AUGUUCCGAUUAUCGACGAAAAGAAAGCUUCUCCAGAAGAAAAUUUGGACUAACUUCCGAAACCCAAGAGUACAACAACUCUUCGAUAACACACAUAACACCAACAACUAUAGUAAUCAACAAGCACAAAACACGCCAAGAUAUCCAACUAACACCGAAUACUCUAAACAACCUGAACAUUCGGCAUACAGAGAAAACUCUCAAGAUGACCGUAAUGCGCAGAAUCCAGAAACCAAUCUGGAACGUUCGAGAAGUCAUGACAAUGAGUCCGUCUCAAAUCAACAACGGUUUCUUCAAAAUUAUCCACGCUUCACUAGUGAGUCCAACCACCAAUUAGAAUCGAAGGUGAACAGCAACAUCGACCAAACUACAUGCGAACUCUGCCAAGGCAGACAUCCUCUCUCCGCUUGCACAGUGAAUAAGGGUGUACUCAUGAGAUACUGUGCCACGACAGGGAGAUGUAUGGAAUGUACGUCCCUCCUAUACGCAAUCCACAACUGUCCUCUACGUCUGAUGAAAAAGGUAGACGCCGAAUGA